AUGUAAGUUGAGGAUGCCUAUUUCCCACUCUUAGCCUUUAAUGUAGCUAUCUUCUUGAUUUAUACAAUAAGUGCACUGAUAAUUUUGAUUGUGUUCAAGUUUAAAAUGGACAAAUCAGCUAUACUAACAAUAUUCACAUUUUUCUUCAACUUUAUCAUAUUUUGCUAUGAUUGGGGCAUAAAAAAUAGAUUAAAACGUCUUGCAUAUGGAACGUCUUAAGCCUUAGAUUACUUUGAUUUCGCCAUUGAUUAUGCCUCAUUCAUAAUGUUCAAUAUAAUGAUAAUAUACUUUGCUUUUGAGAUGAGGCUCGUGUAUCUUAAACAUGUCAGUCAGUCUCAUUAAGAUUUCAUAAUUAAAAAGAAGAGGAACUUUUUUUUUCGUAAUUUACUUUAAGUCCUUGUGUUUGGAGUAUUAGCUACAAACACAGCUUUAGAGAGAUAUGUUUAAGAUUAAUAGAUGAAAUAUGACUUAGAAGAAUUUGAGAAUGGCAAUAUUCUCAUCUUAAUCAGUAGCUCUAUAAGAUUAUUUUGCGAUGCUAUUAUCUUAAGAUUACUAGUGAAAUACUUCACAUUUUUCGCAAACCAGAGGUAGCGUGGAUUCAAGUUAAACAGGCUUAAAAUUCCUUUGAAGUUUACCUUAAUCAUCAUCUGGGUCUACUUCUUAUUUUUCGUUUAGGCUUUUGAUACCUUAACUAAAUUUGUAGUCACUAAUUUGAUGAGGAAAUCAGAUAUUUUUUCUUAUGAAUUUUUCUUGCUUUAUAGAUAUCUUUUCUCAGCUUUCCAAAUAUUUUUGAGUGGAAUGACAGUCUUGUACUUAUUUCACCAACAAGCUUUGAUGAGUUUGAAAGCAUAGUAAUCAUAGAUAAGAUAAAUAAAGAUGAAUAGAGACACAGAUGCUGAGAAUGUUAUUAGAAUUCUUGAGGAUAUUAAGACUCCUCAAAUCACUUAGUAUAGGGCAAAAGCAGAUAUAAGCAAAAGUAGUUUAAGUAUUUAAAUGUAAAGCAGCAACUUUGGAUGCUAAACUGAUUCAAUGUUGGAUAAAACAGACCCCAUUCGCUAAUAGUCUGAUUCAGAGGAGAGUUCAGAGGAAGAAGAAGAUGGAGAGAUUAGUUAGGGAUACAUGGAUUCUCCGAGCGAUAAAAGCGAUUUCAGACGUUUCUUAAAUGCUUAGAUAAGUAUGAUUGAGAGAAACUAUAAUAAGAAGUAGCAAUAUUUAAGAUCUGAUUGA